UUAUCAGUUGCUAGUUCAUUCCAUUGGAAAUACGACGCGUUACUUGUAUCCAUGGCAACCAAGACUGCCACUGCUACCUCUGCUGCCUCGAGCGUCGUUUUAUUACCGAUGUUAGGUCUUCUUUGGAUGGACUAAUAACAAGAGGGCAACAUUUUCAACCUAAACAACAACGCGAAAUUAUAACCUAAUCACCAUUUAUGACAAUGGAGGAAGGAUGACUCAAACAAAUUAUAAAAUGUCCAAGCGAGUAAAAAAAGACAGCAGAGGGGACAAAAAAGCCUUGCCAUCCACAGGAAUCCACAGCGAGACACCAUGUCAUCUGAGAAGGCUUCAGGCCCUGCUUGCCAAGAGCAACCACAAACAAGAGGUGUCGGGUCAAACCAAAGCAGUCGGUAGCAGAUUCCACAGCCCGCACCCACCCAAAGACAACAAUGGGGAAUCCGCCGAGCUGGAAAAAUUCAGCGUAACAUAUAGCAAGCUGAGAUGUUUUAGCAGCCACCCAUCACAGAAGCUUUUUGCAGACAUCCUCACCUUGCUGGUCAACAACCGCCUCUGCAGUGAUUGGAUAGAGCUGGCGCCGCCCGAUUGGGCCCUGAGAGUUCUGCUGUGUCUGCGAUUGCUCAUCAGGGAUCCUCAGCAUCAGAAAAUGUUUCAUCUUCUCCAAGGCGUCCAAUCACUUGCCAGGUAUAUGAAAUGCGUUGCUGAUAUGUACUUGGCAUGUGGCCAAUCGGCGCUGGCUGAGCAGUUACUGGUGACCAUGACCUACAUUUUCCAGAGGUUGUCCGCCGUGGACAACGAAAGAGUCUGGGUCGUUGAGAGCGGCAUUCACACGACGCUGGUGAAGCUGCUGUCUACCACGGAUCACAGCGUGCUACUCGGAAAUCUCACACUUCUAACCACCUUGGCUGAAAGUCCACAGUGCAGAGCUGAUAUCGGCGAGCGUCCCAUUGUGGAGAACCUCGCGGUCGUCCUCCAGGACUACGACCUGUCGUCUAAACGGUUAGUUGAAUUAAACUGGAUCUCUUCAGCGGAGGUUCAUGUCACGCGGUGUUGUUUCAGGAUGGCCGCUGAGCUCCUGAGGCUCCUCUCUCCGGUGCCACGUAUCAGAGACCAGCUGAGGGAUGCUGAAGCUGUGCCGGUGCUGCUCAGUCUGUUGCACGGACCUCACCUUAAACUCCAGUGGAGUGUGGCCUGGGUUCUGGUGCAGCUCUGCCAGGACUCCCAGGCCAGGGCGGAGGUGCGCAGUUGGGGAGGCGUGAACACACUUUUAAGGCUGCUCCACAGCGCCGGCGGAGAACAUACAACGGAGGAGCUCGGACGGCGCCAGUUUGCCGACAACGUCAUGGCCCUGCAGUCAGCCUGCUGCGCAGCUCUGACCGAGCUCAGCCUGGAGGACUCGUGCGCUCAUCACAUCGUGCAGGAAAACGGAAUCUAUAUCCUCGCCAAACUGACUUUACCGCAAAACUCUGAAGCCGAGCCGUCCUCUUUACAAUGUUACGCAUUCCGAGCGCUGCGCUUUCUCUUCAGCGUGGAAAGGAACAGACAUCAUUUCAAGAGGCUGUUUCUCACGGACCUUUAUGAAUCGUUUAUUGACGUGGGCCAUUAUGUGCGGGACUUGGAAGCCUACAAGGGUCUUCAAAUUAAAGUGUUGGACUAUUCUGAGGAGGAGCUAAAGAGCCUGCAAGAGAGCAUCGUGGCUCUAGACCAGAACCGGCCCGCGCUCAAGAUGAUCAAUGGCUACGCUGUACUGGACCAUCUCGGCACUGGCGCUUUUGGAAGUGUAUUUAAGGUCCGCAAGCAGAGCACUGGCAAUCUGGUGGCCUUGAAAGAGGUCAACCUUCACAACCCGGCGUUCGGCAAAGAUAAGAAGUCACGUGACUGUAACGUGGAGAAGAUCAUCGCCGAGUUGGCCAUCAUUAAAGAACAGAUGGCCCAUCCGAAUAUCGUCAAGUACUACAAGACCUUCCUGCAAGACGACAAGCUUUACAUCGUGAUGGAGCUCAUCGAGGGAGUUCCUCUCCUGGAACGUUGCAACUCCCUGAAGGAGAAGCAGCAGAGCUUCACAGAGGAACAAAUCUGGAACAUCUUUAUCCAGAUGUGCUUGGCCCUGCGCUACCUCCACAAGGACAAACACAUCGUGCACCGAGACCUGACACCCAACAACAUCAUGCUGGACGACAAGGACAAAGUCACCAUCACCGACUUUGGCCUGGCCAAACAGAAGCAGGAGAGCAGUAAGAUGACCUCGGUGGUGGGCACCAUCUUGUACUCUUGUCCAGAGGUGGUGAAGAACGAGCCAUACGGUGAAAAGGCUGACAUUUGGGCCCUUGGCUGCAUCCUCUAUCAAAUGGCCGCCUUGGAGCCGCCAUUUUAUAGCAACAACAUGCUAUCGCUAGCCAGCAAGAUUGUUGAGGCCGUCUAUGAGCCACUGGAAGACGGAAUUUACUCGGAAAGGCUGCAGGACAUGAUCAUAUGGUGCUUGAGUCCAGACCCGGAACGGCGUCCUGACAUCGUGACGGUGAGCUCCCGGAUGGCCGACCUGAUGAUGAAGCAGAUGGACGCUCUGUACGCUUGUCACUUUGCGCUGGAGAAGCGAGCCGAACGUGACAGGAAACGGGCGCAGAGGUAUUUCCUGGAAGGGCGCCGCAGUGGGAAAAACUGCUGCUCCUCAGUCCUGGCUCAGAAACAAGCCUUCACAACAUCUGAACUUGAGCACUUUCCUCCAAGUAACAUUGAAGAAAAUCUAAAUUUAGAUAAUCAGGAAGAAGCAGAGAUGAAAGACGGACCAUACUACAGGUCAAAAUCUGCUUCCUGUGUUACACCUCAUCUACCUCCAUGUGGAGAGGAUUUAGCGACAGUGAGGGUGAAAUCGAGAUCAGGACUCUGCGUCUCCCAGAGGAACCUUCGGCAGAUCGAGGACCCGAUUCACAGGUUGCUGUUGCAGCUUCACAAAGUGCUCUACAUCACGCAGCUUCCUCCAGCUCCUCGUCACAACGUCAAGAGGCGGCUCGUGGAACAGUUCAAAAAGUCCCUGUUCCAGUUUGGAAGUGACCCGCAUAACCUGAAGACAGAGCUCAGCAAGCUGGUCCAGGCGUCAUGUGAUCUAAUGGAGUCUGGUUCCAGCAGUCCAGACUGGUGGCCUGUGGUGCUUCCCUUCACUGGAAACAUUGAUGAAGACUCAGGUGACUGUCUGAGGGAAGGAGUCACAUAUGAGCAGAUGCAGGCCGUGGUCGAGGAGCUGCUGGACGAAAGCGGCUACUACCAAGAUGGCAGGUGCACGUCACCAUGGCGACAAGAUGCUUCCUGUGUGGGCACAACUGAGGAGGCAAAGAAAAAAAGCGAGCGCCGGCCGCAUUCAUCAUCUUGAUCACAAAUGGAAAUCCUCUAUUUGAACUCAUUAAAUAAAUUAUAUCAUCAUCAAUAUCAUGUGACAUAUAUUCAGGUAAGGAAGCUAAAUGUCCUCUUUGUUUCAGUCACUUUCUGCAGUUUUGCACUUUAAACUACAUGGAAAAAUAAAACUUUCACAAAAUG